AUGAAGGAUAAAGAUUCAUAUGAAAUAGUAGAAAAUGAAGAUGAGAUUGAGAUGCCCAAUGAAAGUUCCAUCAUUGUUAUUGAGAGCAACGAUGCUGGAGAAGCUACAAAAAUAAAGCAUUUCAAGCAUAUGCAUAAUCUAAUGUUAGGUCUCUUUGGUGGAGGACAUGAAAAUAGUUGUGAUGGGUGUAUGUUGCCAAUCUCGGAUCCAUUUUACUACUGUUCAGAAUGUGUUUUUUUUCUUCAUAAAGUUUGUGCCGAGUUACCUAAGAUUAAGAAGGUUUGGCAUCAUGAUUGCAAAGAGCCUCUAACCCUUAUUUUUGACAAAGCUUUUAGGUGUCGACAAUGUUGGCACAUAUCUAAUGCCUCUGCUUAUGAAUGUUGCGGAUGUGAGAGGAAAAUAUGUCCCCGAUGUGUGAUUGCUCUUAGUCCUGGUGCUCGAACAUGUUUGAAACAUAAACACCCCCUCUUUUACUACACAAAGCGCAAUGGGAAAUGCAAUGCUUGUGGUAUGACCACACAGGGGGCAUUCUGUUGUAAGGAUUGCAGUUUUGUGCUACAUCUUGGUUGUUUUUCACUUCCAAUUACAGCUCGUCACAAAUGUGAUGAGCAUCUUCUUUCACUCACUGAUCAUGAUGAUAAUAGUUAUUCAGAAAAUCAUCAUUGUGAUAUCUGUGAAGAAAGUCGAGAUCCAAAUCGUUGGUUUUAUACUUGUUCAACAUGUGAUACUUCUGCUCAUGUUUAUUGUGUUCUUGGAGAUUAUUUAUUCCUCAAACUCAGGAGCAUUUACGAAGAAAAUGAUCAUUCACACCCACUCACCAUUGUGAAGAAGAACUAUUACUACCCAGAUUGUGAUGAAUGCGGCAAGCCGUGCGAAGAUGUGGCUCUUGAAUGCUCAAAGUCGGAGUGCAAAUAUAUUGUCCACUGGAAUUGUGAAAUCAGGCCUGCCACUUCAUUUGCAGGAAAACUCAAGACUAGAAAACAGGGUUUGAUCUUUGCCUUGUUACUUGUGAUAUUUGUUAUUGUUGUAAUUGUAAUUUGGUUUUUCUGA